CAAUUCGUGAGUGGAAAAUCGGGUUUCUGUUGCUCGUUGUAGCGGUGUCUCCUCCCUCGAUUUCCUACUCGGAGCCAUCUGUUGAAUGCGCACGUAUUUGCGGUUUCGAGACAGGAGCAGUCUGGCUGUAGACUUGAGCCGACUUUAGCCGAUUAGGGCCAACUUGAGCCGAGUUCAUCUGUUGCUACGGAAACCCACUCCGUACUUCACGGCUCUAGUGCGGCCCUAACGAAGCAGGCAGCGAAAUUCAUCCGCUGCAGGGUCGACAGGUUCUUAACGAGUCUGUAGGCUCGAGCUACUCUCCAGUAUUAGUGCUCUGGCGAUCGUAAUGCUGUUGACUCGAGACGAAUCAGUUCGUCUAUGAAGCGGCAGAUCGUGCGAGAGCCAAGCUUCCGCAUUACGGCUUCGCGCCAAGGAGCUCGCGAGUGUGAAACGCGUGCUCGCACCUCCUGUCGAAAGUGUCACUUCUAAAAGCGCCGCCUUUUCGACCGGCGGUCGUAACGCUCGCAUGGUAUAGACAGCUGUGAGGCUAGCCGCCGAUUUAAAGGUGGCACCCAGGACCGCCGGCAAGGCAAGAUGGACGCAAGGGUAGUUGCGGAGCAGCUUCGCUCGAGAUUUCCCUGCCGGAAGCGACAGAUCGAGGACAUUCUCCUGCACGUCGGAGGACCGUUCGAUCGCAUGCCGCCUCUCUUCCUCUGCGGGCCUCCAGGCACCGGGAAGACCGCCGUGAUCCGCGGUGCGCUCUCGCAGAUGCGCCGUCCCCACAUCUACCUCCCCCUCACCUCCGCCUGCGGCUCUUCCCAGUCCGUUUACCACGCAGUUCUAACCCAGCUGGCUCAGCAGCAGCAGCAGCAGCAAGGGGAGCAGAGCCUUGCGCGCACAUGCGUGUUGCCCGCAAUUUCCACCUCCGCCGUCCCCAACCGAGCUGCAUUCCUGAGGGCGCUGCUGCGGGUGCUGUCGGGGGAAGGCGCGGACGGGGAAGUGGGGGAAGAGGAAGAGGGGGAAGGGGAAGGUGUUGAUGAAGAAAGGGGAGGGGAGAAAAGAGAGGAGAGGGAAGGGGGAGAAGGAGAAGAGGAGGGUCAGGAACAAGAGGAGAGGAAGAAGAGACGGAAGGGCGAAAAUGGUGCUGUGUGUGUGGGAGGAGGGGGGAAGAAGGUAGGAGAGGGGGUGAUAACAUGGGAAGGGGAAGAGGAGAGGAGGAUCACUCGAGGGAUGCUGCGAAGCAGAAUGGCUGCUGUCACCGCCACCAGAGCCUGCACCGCCUCUACUGAUGCCGCUGCUGCAAUCCCUGCCGGCACUGCUGGGUUAGAGCACGAGGAGGCAGUGCUGCAGGCGCCAGCGUCGCCCCGCCAUGCCAAUCGGCCCACGGUUCACACGCAAGAAAGAGGGAAGGGCGAGCAGGAGGAGCGAGGAAUGGGGGUUUGCAAUGGGAUGGAGGCCGGUGGAGACGAGAUGGAGGAGGGGGAAGUGCGGGGUGAGGACGGAGAGGAGGAAGGGGAGGAGAGAGGCGAAGAAACGGAGGUGCGGAAAGUGGGUGACUUAGAGGAGGACGACGUGAUUGAAAUGGGUCUGGUUGAUGCAGAGCUGUGGCCGGUACAGCAGCCGCAGCAGCAGCAGCAGGAGAAGCGGGAAGAGGAGGAGCGGGAGGAGGAGCAGAUGCUGCGGUUGAAUGAGGUGCAGGAGCAAAGGGUAGGCAACACGGCGAAGGACAAGGCCACGAGAGGUGGUGCUCCCACCCACCCGUCUGCUCGCCGCUCUCUGGCAGCUGUAUUCGCACGCGCAGACAGCUCAGAGGCGGUAGACAAAAGGGAGCAGACAGUCAUUGUGAGGAGACCAGCGGAUGAUAAGGGCCCGCACUGCAGGCCCGAUCCUCAAGCAUCGGCUGUGAAGGAUCCCGAAGCCUGUCUGGCUAAGCCAUGUCGCGAGGCGUCUCUAGUUCCUCCACAGACAGAGGCUGCUGGGCCGUUGGAUGGCAUGGAGGCAGAUCCGAUGCGAGCAGCGGCCAGAUUUUCCAUCCCCCCUACAGUCUACCUUGUUAUCGACAACCUGGAGCAGCUCAAAACGUUUCCCGUGGGGGAAGGUCCGCAGCUGCUGGAGACUUUCCUCCGCCUGCCCGAACUGUUGGGGCAGCCGAACCUGGGGCUCAUUCUAGUCAGCAAGUUGGACUGGGCUUCAACUUGUGGCCUUGGCGCAGGAGGGAUGGGGGGUGGGGGCAGCUGGGGGGGAGGGUGGGGAGGAGGAUGGGGAGGAGGGGGAGGAGGAGGGGGAGGAGCAGCAGCGGCGGCAGCAGCAAUGGCAGUGGCAACAUGUGAGCCGGUGACAGUAUUCUUCCCACAGUACAGCGACACGCAGCUGGAAACGGUGCUGGUGGGGAUGCGUCCCAAUCAGCCACUCUUCCUCUCCUUCCUCAGGCAGGUGGUUCCAGUGUACUCCCGCUCAUGCCGCUCCCUGCCCCACCUGGCAUCUCUAGUGGACCACACCUGGCCGCUCUACACCGCGCCUAUCUCCACCGGCUCAGUGCCCCCCGACCAUCCCAGCUGCGCUCGCCUGCUGUACAUGCGGGCACAGGAGCACAUCGGAGCCACACUCAAGAAGCCGGUUUCCGCCCUCGUGCUAUCUUCCGUGGUCAAUGCUGGUGCUUCUGUUUCUCCUGCUGCUGUUGGCUCCCGAUUCCACAGCCUGUACCCCCUCCAAUGCCCCCAGCAGCAACAGCAGAGACUAGGAUGGGGCCCAGAGGCCCCAUUGGACGGUCCGGAUCUUCCCAUCAUGGCCCGGUUCGCCCUCGUGGCAGCAUUCACCUGCUCCCGCAGCCCAGCGCCAUCCGAUCUUACUCUCUUCAACUUUUCCGACGCCAAGCAGGCUGGAGGAAACGCUUUCCGGUCAAAAAGGAGGAGGGCAAGUGCAGCGGAUAUAGACAAGCAGGCUAGGGAGGCAAGAGAGGCCCAGCAGCAAGGGCCCAUCCCCUUCCCUCUCUCCCGCUGGCUGCUCAUGGCUCACCACUUGGCGAAAGCUCAUUGGUCCGCUCCGCUUGCCGCACGCUCUCCUGCUGCUGCCGAGUCAGCUCCUGCUCUGGAUGACAGCCUGCUGACUCAGCUCGCGACUCUCAUUCGCUGUGGGCUCGUGAGCCAAUCAGGGGAUGACAGGCUGGCAAGCACGACUCGCUUCAAGUGCGGUGCCAGAAAGGGGCUUGUGAAGCAGAUGGCAACAACACUUGGCAUUAGCUUGGAACAGCUUUUGCUAUUUGGGUAGUUCUACAAUGGUAAUACAAGAGCUCAGAUUAUCAACGACCUGUUUGAUCUGGCUGAUGUGUCGGGGCAUUAUUGAGGGUAUGAGAUGAAACGCCAGUCUCGCUAAGAUUUAGCUGGAUUUUGGAUUUGAACUAUUAUGGGUACCAUAAACGUAGCGUAGCGAUUUACCAUGCUUCUCACAUCUGUACC